AUGCCAAAGUAUGCUAAAGGAGCUGGAAGAGCUGGGGGAAGAGCCAGAGGUAGUAAUGGUCCUAUAGAAGUAUCAAAGGCCCUAAGUACUGGAUCUUCGGCCAAACUUAAAAAGAAAAUAAGGGAUAUCGAGAGGGCCUUAAGGAAGCAUGAUAAACUACCGGCAGAUAAGAAGAUAGAAUACGAAAGAGCUCUCAAGGCGUUGAAUGUUGAAUUACAAAAUGCACAAUUGCAUCAAAAGGAAAAAGCCAAUGCGUCCAAGUACCAUAUGGUUCGGUUUUUUGAGAAGAAAAAGGCGAUACGGAAAUUGAAACAGCUACGAAAAACAUAUGAGGAGGUUGAAAAGACUCAAGUUAGAAAGGAUAUCAAAAAGGCAAGAAAACAAUUGAAACACGGAGAGGUUGAUUUGAUGUAUGUAGUAUUAUUCCCCAAGUCUGAAAAGUACAUUUCCCUUUAUCCAAGUUCAAAUGAGGAAGAUAUGACGGAUCCGAAAGUAAAAGCAGGAGUAAGGAAAACAGAAGCUCAAAGAAUAGAGUUUCGAAAGGAAAUUGAGAAUUUGAUGGCUUUGGGAAAGAUCCCAUUCACAGUGGACGACAUAAUACAGGGUAAACAUGUUAAAUUCGAAGCUGAAAAUACUCAUCCAUCUAAGGAGAUCGACGCGCCUGUACCAAAAGAUGAUAAGAAAGAAGGAGGAGGAGGAGGAGAAGAAGAAGAAGAAAAUGGGGACGAUUUCUUUGAGUAA